AUGAGGCUCACCAUUCUAACAUUGCUUCUAUGCCUUACUGUGGUCUUGGCCCAGGAGGCGAUGCCCCGCCUGCGCUACAGGACCGUAAUUCAAGACCAAGGGAAAAAGGGCAAGAAACCAUAUCCCGUUAAGGGCGGCAAGGACGAGCUCGAGAAACAAAUCGACGAUAUCCAAAAAAAGGUGGCCGCUGCCAACGAAACAGUCGUACCCUUCAAGGGCGGCACUCUCAAAGGUCUCACUGGGCUGUUGAAAGUGAACCUGGCGGUCACCAACCUCGGAAAAGCCAUCGACACUACCACCGCCGUCGCAGGCGCAACCAACGUCCUAUCAGCGGCGGAUUCAACGCAGGUUGGCAUAAAGUUCCUCGGUCUUCAGCCCGAUAUCAACAACCUGCUCGCCAACCUCAAAUCCAAGCGCAAGGAAUUUGACAAGGCCGGGUUCAAGAUCCUGGAUGUUAGAAGUCUCAUUCGGGACUCUGUUGCCAUUCAGCAGAGCAAAUCCGAUGACUUGGGUCGUGCUUUCACGAAAACUCUCGACGCCCAAUUCCAGCCCAUCGCACAGCUGAUCAGCGGUGAGAUCCAAGGCAACUUCAGCGACGCCAUCGAGGAGUACAAAGGCCGCGGCGGCAAGAUCAAGAUCCCCACCAAGCUCGUGCCGAAGCUCUCCCAGAUCCUCGCGAAGCUGGCCAGGGCCCUGGGGCUCGGCAAGAUGGACAAGGGCAUGAUGGUGGACAAGGACAUGAUGCUGCUGGUCGGGCUGGUGGCCCCCGAGACCGAUGCCGCCACCCCCCGAGCCCGACGCCGCCGCCGCCGCCGAGGGCCGCGAGCGCCGAAAUCGCCGUCGCCGACACGGCCGAGGCGAACGCCGCCGCCCAGGAGGCCCUGCUGGCGACGCCGGACGCGGAGCUGA